AAGUACUUCCCAGUCUCCAAUGCUCAAAGACGUACCUUAAUCAAGAUUGCACUGCCUGUCCCUUUCAUGGUCUUUUCCCUUCGCAUAUAGCUCCAAUCCAUCAUGAAGGUUCUUCCUCUCUUUCCACUUUUCUCUGCAACGCUAUGCCUUGCGACGGCCAUUCCCUCCCAGCCAGCUGUCUGUGGCCCCGACGAGGCGGUCAUAUUCCUGAGCAAUGGCACCACAACCACCGUCAAGAAGGCUGAGUUGGCCUCGCACUUGCAAGGCUUCACCUUCCUUUCUCCGGAGGCAACCGAUAGCACCUUGCCACGGCUGCUCAAAUCCAACACAUCCCCAUCCAACCAUACCAAGCGCGGUUCCAACACGGAGCUCAUCAUCCCGCUCCCUGACCUCGACUUCCUCGGAUGGGAUGUGGCCAUGUCGACCAUCGUGCAUGCCAACCAGGCCGCCGCCACUGUGGCCAUCCAGGCUGGCCAGUCGAUCGCCAAUAGCAUCACCACAGGCAUGUCCGCCGACUUCACUCUCGUUAAGGACUUCCUGUCUGCGUCCACUAGCAUCAGCUACCAGGAGACGACAACCAGCACGGUGACUGGCACCGUCACUAUGACCAUCCCAGCUAACAAGUGGGGCGCAAUUGUGAGCAACCCCUUGACCCAUCGGAAGAGAGGCUACGUCUUCACGGGCCAGCCGGGGGGCGGGCAAUUCGAGUAUUACCAGGCGGACUCCUUCAAUGACGCGAGCUUCAACCUUGAGGGAGGGACGCUGUCCUGGGUUAAGGGGGUGGUGACGACUUGCUUGGGUGAGACAUAUCCGUUGGCGCGAUGCGUGGGCGAUGGUAGUCUGGAGUGAUCGCUUACUGCUCGGAGUCUGUGCGAGGCAGUGUUGUACUGUCCCGCUGGUUAAAAACCUUCAGUCUAGAGGGGUAGUUAGGGCUCUGGCAUGGGGGCUCAUGGAACUUGAAACUUUAUUGACUGCAAAAGUAGCCCCUGUCAGAAGGGACUCUGAUGUAAUGUGCAAAGUCAACAUAAUAAAUAGCUUUUUUAUACUGCUUUUAUUCCUUUCUAGCUCGUCU